ACAAUUCAAAAAAUACUCACCUUCAGUUUAGAGAGGUAGUCGAGAAAUUUUAGAACGGGGGGCAUUUCACUGCCCUCAUUCCUCUCAUCCAUUUUAUCCACCGACUCGGCCAUGCUUCUCAAAAUUCUAAGAAAUUCUCCUGAGAUGAUGAUUCGGCUUAAAUCAUUGUCAAGAUCACAAAAUGGACGCCUAUUGGAUUGCUUUAAGAUUUAUUGGAAUCCCCCAAGGGAACUCUGCUCAGGGAGGAAAGAUAAUUCUCAAAACAAACCAGUUGAACCUGGAGAAAGUAUAAAAGAAAUGCCAGUCAACAAACCUAAAGGAGGAUUUGUAGAAGCAAUGGCAAAAUUUGAAGGGCAUGAAAGUUUCACAAAAAUGCUGCGGAAAUCUCCUCUAGUUCAGAUUGGCGAUCCUCAAGGGAAAAUAGUUGAAGGAAAAAUAAUCCAUGUAGUAAAUGACGAUCUUUAUAUUGAUUUCGGUUCAAAAUUUAACUGCGUUUGUCCACGUCCUCCUAAAAAUGGAGCAUCUUAUACACUCGGAAGAAAAGUUCGAGUGCUAGUCCACGAUCUUGAACUGUCGACGCGAUUUCUUGGGGCGGCCACAGACUUGACAAUUUUAGAAGCAGACUGUACACUUCUUGGACUAGCAGCAAAGACCCAACCACAAGAAUCUAUUUCACAAGUCUCAUGAGAAUAGUUGUCUAAUAUCUAUUAAAUAUUUUGCACUGUUUUAGUAUUCUAAGGUGUGAAUUAGUGGUGUGGAGAAAGUCAGUCAGUAUGGUUAUACAUAGAGGAAUAUGCUCAGUUAAUCAUUUAAUUAAGCUGGAUAAAUCGACAUGUAACUUGCUCUAACCAUAAAUUAAACUAUGAAUAACAUUAAAGUUGUAUCAUUAUAAAG